UACGAGGUGAUCCAGUGCAGACUUGCGAACCAGGAUAUCAGCGAAGUAGUGUUUCAUGAAGAGCGAGCAAAAGCUGCGGGCGCCUGGGGUAUCUUUCUGCUAAUUACGUCGGCGAAAUGGACCAGCGAGUUCGCCCUCCCAUCGCGGUGUGUCAUCGUUUCGCACGACGAGUUCUGUGAAUACUUUGGACCGUAUGUCACCCGUGCGUAUCGGAGCCUCGAUCCUCUUAACAUCAAUACCGCGUCUCGUCAAGACCUUAGUUUGGUGGAAGGACUAGACAGCGCUGCUGUUGAAACAAUUGUCGCGAAAAGACCAUUUUCCAGUAUUGACCAGGCC